CUCGGCCGCGCUCGCGGGUUCCGGGCUAGCCACGGUGGCGGAGGGAAGCCAGGCCAGGCGCGCUCCCGUCCCGGGUCCGGCGCGGAGGGCGAGGGAAGUGGCGGCGGCGGCGGCCAGGCGGGGACGGAGAGGCGGCCCCCGUCCCCCCUCGGGUGUCCCGCCCGCCAACCCUGCGAGGGCAUUUUUUUGGCCACCUGGUUGGUGUGGAAAAGAUGUCCCGCGUCCCUUUGGGAAAAGUCCUUUUGCGGAAUGUCAUUCGCCACACAGACGCCCACAACAAGAUUCAGGAAGAGUCUGAAAUGUGGAAAAUACGCGAGAUGGAGAAGCAGAGCCAAGAGAUACACUGGGGCAAACAGGAGAGGACUCUUCUGGACAGCUCCAGCAGCCGGAUGCGUAGCGAUGGCUUUGAUGAGGACAGCCAGCAGGCCUCCUGGAGGACGAGGAACAUGCCGGUUAUGGCAGUGACCCUUGAAGAUGACCUUCGACACGCCCGCUAUUGGAACAAGAAGCUCUACGAAUGCGAAGCUAACAUGCCUGACAGAUGGGGUCACAGUGGCUACAAGGAGCUGUAUCCAGAAGAAUUUGAUACAGACAGUGACCGGGAACCCGACCGAGAACAAAACUCCGUGAACGGCAAAAGAAAAUCCCAGUCGGGCAAGCCAAGCUCCGCGAAGCUGCACAAAAGGAAGAAGGCCAAGAAGUCGCACAAGAAGAAGCAGAAGAAGAAAUCUCACAAGAAGAAGAAGAAGAAGAAACGCGAGGCGGGGGCGGCAUCUUCCCAGGAGUCCGAGGGCUCGGAGGGGGAGCCCCCCAAGAGGAACAAGAAGAAGCGCCACAAGAAGGACAAGCGGGCCCCAGAGGGGCCUCCCGCCUCGUCCUCAGAUCCAGGCAGCGGCUCCAGCAAAGCCGGCAGCUGCCUCUCCAGCCGCUCUGGGGACAGUGACUCAGAGGAGCCGGCCAGGAAGAGGCGGAAACGCCAGGCGUCCCUGUCCGAAAGAGCCGGAGACAGGGCGCCGGAGAAGCGCAGCAAGAGGAACUGGAAAGUAGCGGCUGACGAGAACUCCGAGGACAGCUCAGAGGAGGAUUAGAACCCGGCUCCAGGACAGCGCUUCCUCUCCCCACCUCCCCCCAAAGGCCCAGCUCUGCUUGGAACAAACUUGGAUUUGGUUCCGCUGGCAGGGGCAGGGGGCGGUGCGAGUUUCCCUUGGACCAGAGAGGAAAACAAAAGGCUUGGAUUCCUUUGGCCUGGCUUGGGAUUCUAGCUGGACAGUCCCUUUUGUUCCCCAUCAGGAUGGACCUUCCAAUUUCUAAUUUCUACUCUCAAAGGCAGCCGGAACACUGGGUGGUUUAGUCCCCCGCUUUGCCUUUGACAAAAAUCACCUGGAGUUUUAAUUUUUAAUUGCCCAAGACUUGCAGAUGGGUUGCAAUUAAAAGCACGAGGGAGAGAAGGGUGGUGGUGCUCCCCAAGCAGGUAGGCAGGCCUCGCUCUCCACUUUGAACCGUGUCCUCAACUGUAGAGGUAAGGGGGCAAAGGCUGGCUCAGAAUAAACCCAAACAGACCCCACCGCAGCCUCAGGGUCGACUAAGU